UUUAUCCAACUUGGAUGAGCUGAAGAUGCAGCACAAAACAUCGUGUGGUGCUGGUUAAACAUCAUUCCACAUUUAUACAGCAUACAUAUUCCAGCAAACUCUCUCAUCCUCUCACACUUUGAGGAACUCAAAAAACAUGGAAGCUUGUUUUCUCACCCAUAGUUCCUUCAUCAAAACGCCAGAUCAACUCAUUCCUUCAAUCAGAGCCGGGUCUCUUGCAUACUCAAAGUCAAAGAGACCUUCCCAACAAUUCCAGAGCAGAAAAGUAGGGAUUCCAUUUACUGUAUCAUGUUGUCAAUUUUCAUCCUCAUCCGGUGAAGACAAACCAAUUGUUAAUGCUGAUUGGCGAUCUUUCCGUGCAAAACUGGUGGCUGGAGAGCAAAUUCUAAAGCCUGAGGUGCCUUAUACCGUGACUGAUCCAGACACUGUUGUGGAUCCUUCUCCACUCAUCACCAUUGGUGAUAAAUGGGCUCACAUAAUCCAUGAACCUGAAAGGGGUUGCUUACUCAUAGCCACAGAGAAGCUUGAUGGGGUCCACAUUUUUGAACGGACGGUGAUCCUCCUUCUAGCAACUGGGCCCAUAGGCCCAUCAGGGAUCAUCCUCAACCGUCCAUCGCUGAUGUCCAUCAAGGAGACGAGAUCAACGGCUUUCGAUGUGGAAGGCACAUUUUCCAAUAGUCCUUUGUUCUUUGGGGGACCCUUGGAGGAAGGGUUGUUUUUGCUGAGUCCGAAAGACGGCGACGGUGGUGGUGGCGGUGAUGAUGCGGUGGGGAAGAGUGGGGUUUUUGAGGAGGUGAUGAAGGGGUUGUAUUAUGGGGCAAAGGAAAGUGUGGGUUGUGCUUCUGAAAUGGUGAAGAGGGAUGUGGUUGGGCUUGGGGAUUUUAGGUUCUUUGAUGGGUAUUGUGGGUGGGAGAAGGAGCAAUUGAAGGAUGAAAUAAGGGCAGGGUAUUGGACAGUGGCUGCAUGUAGCCCAAGUGUGGUGGGCUUGGGGAGUGUUGGAAGUGUUGGGCUUUGGGAUGAAGUUCUUGGGCUUAUGGGCAGAAGGAAGGUCAAGUGAGUCAUGAUAUAUUAAAUACUAAUUGGAAAAAAAGAGCCACUACUGGAAAAGUUGAUGAAGAAUAAUUGGAUUAUAUACACUUAUACUUGUAAUGGAGGUCCAAAACACCUUGUUUGGAAUGCUCUGACAAAUUUGCAGGCAUAAGAUACAGAAUUGUUGCCUGAUUUAGUUAGACUCUUGCGAGGUAUAAACGUUGUAAAUUAUAGUUAUCAUCCCAAAUUCCCAAUUGUUGUCUUUAGUUGUUUAACGAUGUUAACUAAUGAAAAGAUCGCUCUCUUAAAUAUUGAAAA